AGAUGUAUAAAACGAGGAUUUUAUUAAAUUGUAAGGUAUAAUAAGAUUCCAAGAAAUGUUCGUAUUUUUACCUUGUUUAAAAAAAAUAGAGAGAGAAACUCAGUAAAUAAAAUGAUAAAACUGUGAGUGUCACAUCCCUGUCAAAUCAUGGGAUUCCGGUGGCUUCGCGUGACAACUCCAUUCGUCGCGUGACAACUCCAUUCCUCACGUGACACCUGUUGCGCGCGGGCAGUACCCGCAAUGUUUGUCUCGUAAAUUCUAAAAGAAAAUAGGAAAAUAAGUAAUGCUCCGUGUAAGAACUAGGCAAAGUCCCAUUGUCCUGCGGCAAAAAUCUUUAUUAUAGCUUUCCCACAUAGCAUCUUUUUUAUACCAAACAUGCAUGCAGGACGUAUAGAAGAUAGUAAGAUUUAGAAGAAAUUGCGUGAAACCUCCUUUGCUAUACACCUUACAGGUAAUUUUCUGUGGUGAACCAAUGAGAAGAAGCCAGAACAAUAGCUGUUAGUCGUCUUAUAUUUACAAGGUUCCCCACAUAAAAUUUACCUGAAAAGCUGGAUCAGACAUAACAAUUAACCCUAUAACAAAAUAUUAAAAAAAUAUUAUGAAUCAUGUGUUAUCUGUAUCUUAUAGUUAUGCUAUAAUGUUUUGUCUUGGCCAAUCAAAUUUCUAGAACAAACAACGGCAUUUUUGACAUGCCAGCCUGCAUUUGCCGUUGGCAUGUUAGACUUGCUUAGUUCUUACACGGAGCAUUACAUAAUGUAUCUUCAAUCUAUGUGAUACAAUUGAAACAAUGCAUCUAAUCUUAGGACCCUGUUUUUUUUUUCAUAGAGUUCUUGUUAUAACUAACAUCGUCAAAUACUGGAAAUAUUUUAAGUAGUCCCCAACUUGCUCAGCGGCCAAAUGUAUCUUACGACGAGAGAUGAUUCCGUAGGUACUUUGACAGUUUUUUGGAACUUUCUAGCUGGGUGUCGAAGAAAUGCUCAAGCGUGCUUCAAUAUUUGAUGGAAAGCUUGCUUUCUCUCUCUCUCUGCAACCCUACUGACUUCCUACUACUAUCCUUGUAACCACGUUAGCGCACGUCGCACUGUGGUCUCCUUACUUUCCUAUCCAGCCAUGAUAACACAAUUUUAUUUGUGAUAAUAAGCUAAAAAAAUAUCACAUAUAUCAGCUCCUUUAGCCAUUGCCAUCUGUUUUCCUCAACUUUCUUUCGCGUUGUUUUGCGCAUGGGCGUAGUCUUAUGGUUAUGAGAUCACUUCUAUCUGCGAACUGGACGCAGGCGUGCCACGCUAACUUGUACACACGAACUACCAACGCCUAGUGCUCGAAUUUCUUCGCCUCUCUGUGGUAUAUCCUCUCGGUUAAACGUUACAAGACUGGACUAUUGGACUUACGAUUCGUGAAGCUUGAAACGAUCGGGAAACGACAAUACUACGGUCCCAACUCACGCGAAGGAAAUUCGAAGGUUAAUAUUGUGCGCAAUUCACAAUAGAAUUUUUCCGUUGGACGUUAUUCUAAAUGUAAACAUUCCAUUUGUUGUGAAGGAUCGAAUAUUUUGGCUAGAGAAGGUCUACGAGAAUAUUUGUGGAAGUGAAAGAAAAUUCUAAUUGAAGAAUAAUUAUCAUUUUUGUGAAUGCUAAUAGCGCUCCGAGGAUUACAAAAAGCCCGUCAACAUCUGGUUAUUGUCGGUUCGCCAUCACCAGCCACAAAGCUGCUCAUCACUUUGCAGGAUUCAAUUUUAAAGCAAAUUGAAUCUACAAAUUUGAAAACAAAAUUACAGGAAAAGAAAACAAAGGGAAAGCAAAAAAAAAAAAAAAAACUCCUUGUCGAGUUAAAAAUCCCUUAAAGGAUUUUGAAGACAGCCACUGGUAUCUCAAAUUGUGCACGGGCUCAAGAUGCCUGGUUACGAAGUUCGGUUCGUCGUUCCGUUGGACAAGUCUUUCGAAUGUCCCGUAUGUCUGAUGGCGUUGCGUGAUCCGGUCCAAGUCACGCCAUGCGGUCAUCGCGUCUGUCAGACAUGUAUACAACCCAUUAUAAGGAAUAGAAGGCCUCGUUGUCCAUUGGAUAACCUCACUUUGAAUGUCGGCAAGAUAUUUCCCGAUAACGCAUGUCACCGGCAAAUCCUCUCGAUGGAUAUUCUCUGCCCUCACCAUGGCGACGGCUGUGAAUGGCAGGGCACGAUAAGUGACCUAGAGAAACACCUGGAGAGAGGAUGUAAUUUGUCAGAGGUCCGCUGUCCUAAAGAUUGUGGCGCAAGCGUGGAGCGAGGAAAGCUGGAAGGGCAUUACCCAGAAUGCAGCAGGCGCCUAGUCAAUUGUACACACUGUAACAAAGAAGUCGUGUUUGCUGAUAUGAAUGUCCAUCUCCAGAGCUGUGCCUCGUUCCCAAUCUCCUGUCCGCUCACGUGCGGCGCCAAAGAUCUCACCAAGGAAGCGCUGGCAGUACACCUAAAUCAAGAGUGCCCAUUGCUUGUAAUCCCAUGCAGGUUUGCUGAAGCAGGAUGCACUUUCAAGGCGAAGCGACAGAAGAUGGCUGCGCACGUACAGGAAAGUCUGACCUCACACGUGGCCAUGCUUUGUGACCUGGUCUGUGAACAGAAGCUACAGAUCUCCGCACAGAAAGAGCGGCUCUUACUCCAGAAAGAACACAUCCAACUACAGAAAGAAGCGUUAACUUGCCAAAAACAAGAGAUCGUUGAGUGCCGAAGUCGAUGUGCAAAUGGUGAAUUUAUCUGGAAAAUCCAGUGUUUUUCCAGAAAACUUAUGGACGCGAAAACAGGCAGAGCCUCCGAACCCAUGAUCAGCGAGGCAUUCUACACCUCCCCCCACGGGUACAAAAUGUGCGCGGGUGUCUGGUUAAAUGGCAUAGGCACAGGGCGAGGCAGAUACAUAUCGGUGGGGCUACAGGUGCAAUCAGGCGAAUUUGACUCGAUCCUAAAGUGGCCCCUUUACCCUCGCUACACCUUCACGCUUCUUGACCAGAGCGAGGACACUAAAACCAAGCGUGACGUGAUAGCGACAUUCGAGCCACAAAGCAUCUCCCGCCCCUCUGCUGACAGACAGCUCGGAAAGGGAGCUAGGAGAUUCGUACUUCAGGACGAAGUGUGCGGAACAACCUACUGUAAAGAUAACACAAUUUUCAUCAAAUUUUCCGUUUCUCUAAAACCGGCACCAUCAGGAUUUUUCAAAGUUUGACUAAACUAUUGAGAAGUAGCUAUCGGAGCAUGCUAGUACACGGUUCAGACAAUAAAAAUGUUUGGUAUUGAAGUAGUGAAUAUCUAGCGUAUUUAGCACCAUAUUAUUAAGAAAAUGGAAGUGGCUUUCGAGUAGGAGCUGAGUUUAUUUUUUGAUAACAUUGUUUUACUUCUACAUGGUAUUGAAAAUAAAGUAUACGUUAUAUUCAAAA